AUGAAUGCCACAUUUAAGUCUUGCUUUAUUACUUUACUUAAAACAUGUAUAGGAAGUGGUGCACUUUCAUUUCCUUAUUUAUUUGCUACUUAUGGUAUAUUUACUGCUUCUAUUCUUACUAUUAUUUCAGGAGGAUUCGCAGUGGUAGGUCUUAUUUUAUACAUCAACUGUGCGAAAGAAAUAGGAAGAAAUGCUACGCUUUCAGAAAUCUCUAAAAUUUCUAUGCCUUACACGAAAAUCUUAGUAGAUUUCUCAGUGUUCUUGAAAUGUUUCGGUGUUUCAUUAUCCUACUUAAUAAUAUCUAAACAACUUAUACCGCCAAUUAUACAUACCCUUUUUCACUACACUAUAAAACCUUCUUAUGUACUAAUAGUCUUUUUACUACUAGUAGGUCCAUUUUGUUAUUUUGAUAAAUUAGAUAAAUUAAAGUAUACAUCGUUGUGUGGUGUAAUAAGCAUUAUUUUUGUAAUAUUAGCUACUAUCUACCGAUAUAAAUACACAGACAUACCUAAUAAUAUAAUUAUAUAUUAUAUCGCACCAUUAUCUAAAUCUUAUCUUGGAGGAUUCGGUAAAUUCGUUUUUUCGUUCACUUGCCACCAAAAUAUUUUCGCGAUAUAUUCAGAGAUUUCUAAUAAUUCUCUUCCUAACAUGCGCAAAUUAAUCUAUCUAGUUGCAUUGACUGCUUUAUCCUUAUACUUGUCAUUUGGAUACUAUAAUUAUUUAAUUUAUGGACAGUUUGUUAAAGAUAAUAUUAUAUUAAAUUUUCCUAAUGAUGUACUAGCAACUAUAGUGCGAGGAUUAUAUGUUAUAGUAAUGGGUGUAUCUUAUCCUUUACAAGUAAAUCCAUGUAGGGUUUACUUAAUUAAAAUGACUAACAUACAAUUUAAAAAUGAAGUAAGAGUAACAUUUUUAAGUACAACAUUAAUUAUUUUAUUAACUUAUUUUAUAGCCGUUAGUGGUAUGAACUUAGGACUAGUUUACUCGAUAAUAGGUGCUACAGCUUCUACACUUAUGUGUUUAAUAUUUCCAGUAUUGUUUUAUUUUAAUAUGGAUUUAGAGCGGAAUAUCUUUCUUGAUAUUUUAGGAUAUUUAUCAUUUUUAUUUGGUAUUUUUGUAUUUUCAACGACAAUUUACAGUGUUGUGUAUUUCAAAAAUAAUUAG